AUGACUUCCGACUUCCACCACUCCCUCGAGCCCUUCCCUCUCUUCAUCGACUCAGCUCCUCCCAAUUCGGCCAACUACUUCUCCUCCCCAAUGGCCAUGGCUGCCAUCCAGCUCCUAGCCACCUCGAGCUCCUCCUCCUCCUCCCACCACGACUCCUUCCGAAAACCCCUUGUCUCCAUGCCAUCGAAGCUAUCGAAUUACCUGCGAUUACGAUAUUACCAGUACGAAGUCACCUUCGGACUCUAUGUUAUGACCCCGGGCGAGAAACUCGUACUCAACUCGGUCGUCCUUGUCGCUUUUGCUGCCCUAUCCUACGCGCUUUUCUGGGGCUUUCAACCAUUCAUUGUCAAUCUUCUCUGCCGCCUGAUAUACUACGUCACUGGAUCCUUUUCCACUGCUCCACAAUUAUGCUCAUGA